GCUAUCGGCGGAGAUCACGUGACAUUUAUCGACGUAUCGUAUCGGUUGUGGGCUAAAGGAAAGACGAAUAUGAAAAUGGCUACUGCUACUGAAAUAUUAAAUAUAUCAGAGGAAAAAGUGACAUUAGAAAAUAAAAUGUAGAGUUAUUCAAUCUGGAAUUAAUUUGAGGUAAUAUCGACUAGUUUAUUGUUUCGAACGUUUAAUAAAUAAACGUAGUUCUACGAGUGUUCGUAAUCGUAAUUAUGGGCGGUUUCGGAGUAGUUUGCUUUGACAGCUUAUAGCUUGACAUUUUGAUAAGUGAACAGACGUAAAUAUUGAGCCAAAUAACAGGCUAAUCAAAUGUGUCAUUAAAUAAGGAUUUAAAAAUAUUUCUAAUAUCAUUGUGAGAAUAUGAUCAGUAAAAUCGUUGAUCAAGAAAAUGGUGCCGCCAUGUAUUUCUUCUCAAUAUACUAAAUCUCCAUGUAUUAUCUACGACGAAAACUGUUAACAUUUAAUAACUAAUUUUUAAGUAUGAACAUAAUGCGCAAAUUAAGAGGGGGCACAAGUGUCGGAGGUAUGAGUACCAGCAGUAUGGGUAGUUUAGAUGAAUCUACAAACAAUGCUAAUCCCCAACACACUACUUUGGGUCUUAUGCACCUGAAAAAACUCUUUUCUGAAUAUAGCCAUCCUCCGCAUCCUCUUUCUGAUGCUGAACGUGAUGAUAAAUUGUAUAGUAUGUUACCAUUAUUUUGCAAGGUAUUUGGCUCUAGUCCUUCUGGAGAUAUGAAUGAAAAAUUUUGGGAUAUUUUAGCAUUUACACAACAAGUUUCACGAUUAAUGGUAACUGAGAUAAGAAGAAGAGCGAGUAACCAAAGUAUUGAAACUGCGAGUUGUGCUAUUGUUAAGUUCUUAGAGAUAGAAAAUAGCGAAGAAUCGAGUAAUGGUUGGAUGUUAUUAUCGGCAUUAAAUUUACUCGCAGCAGGAGAUACAUCUUUAAUACAGGCAAUGACUGCUGCAUCUGUUCCAUCGACAUUGGUUAAAUGUUUAUAUCUGUUUCUUGACUUACCUGAGAUGAACGAAGAGGAAGCUGACAUUAAUGACAUAAACAGUGACUUUACACCUAGAGAACGUAGAAUAUUAUUGCAAAAAAUAUUUGUUCAGUUACUAGUGCGUUUAUGCAGCCAUCCAUUUCCUGCGGAAGAACUUGCUCGUAAAGAUGAUUUGACGUUGUUAUUCUUAGCAAUCACAAGUUGGUGUCCUCAAUAUAAUGUUAUGUGGCGUAAAAGUGCUGCUGAGGUUUUAAUGACAUUAUCCCGACAUGGUCUUACGCAAAAUGUAGUAACCUAUAUACAUAAUAAAGGAUGUAUAUCAUCGUGUAUUGAAAAUAUGCAACGUGUGCCUGAGCUUGCACUACUGGAAGUUGUAGAAAUGUUUGUUACAGUAUUUUGUUUCUUAAAAGAUUCUAGUGAAGUAUCGCAAACACUUUUAGAUGAUUUUCGCACUUGCCAGGGAUACAUUUUUUUAUCAGACUUUUUGUUAAAACAUGCUCCUUUGAGAUUAGAACAAGAUAAUAGAGCAGAAGCAAAAGAUGCUAUUCGAAAUUUAGUAUUGAUGUUGACAUCUUUGACAAUGUGUGGACAUACCGAAUUAAAACCAAGUCAAGCCAGUAUGGGUUCGUUAUUUCAAAUGCUUGGAUUUACCUUACCUCAACCAAGUAACAGAGGAGGAAGUGUUCGAAAUAUUCAAGCAUUUCAAGUAUUACAAUCUGUAUUUGUCAAGUCUAAUUCGUCACUUCUCUGCUGUACUAUUCUCGAUGCUAUUUCUAGUGUUUAUCACAGCGAUAAUGCUAAUUAUUUUAUAUUGGAAGGACAGAACACUUUGUCACAAUUUGCAGAAAAGAUUCAUUUGAAAAAUGUAAAAAUACAAACGAAGUUUUUUCAGCUGUUGGAAUUCAUAGUAUUUCAACUUAAUUUUGUGCCUUGUAAAGAACUUAUAUCCUUAUCUAUAUUACUCACGGCAAAUAAUUCUGUUACUUGUAGUAUCAUGUGUAUGGAAACGCUCCUGAAUAUACUUAGACACAAUACAAUUUUUAAGGAUGUAUAUAGAGAAGUAGGUAUGUUGGAAGUAUUUGUUACUUGUCUUCGUCGUUAUGCCACAUUACUUAAAGACAAACAGGCUGCUCAGGACCAAGGACUAGAAUAUAAUAUAAGCCCAGAAGAUGAACGUUUGGGUGCCUUAGUUAUGGAAGCUUUGACUACUUUGUUAGCUGGAAAUGUACAGAAUGCAAAUGUUUUCAGAGAAUGUGGUGGGGCACGCUGUGCCCAUAAUCUUGUACUAUAUACAGAUUGUCGUUACGCUGCCCUUGGAAUAGUAAGAGAAUUAAUACUUAGUGCUGGUGGUGACGAUGAUAUGGCAACUUUACUAAGACUUAUGCAUUCUGCACCCCCAAAUGCUUUGGUCUUAAAAACACAUAUAUUGAAAUCAUUACUAGCGUGCCUACGAGAAUCUCAUCGUACAAGAACAGUAUUCCGUAAAGUUAGUGGAUUUGUCUACGUUAUGUCAGUACUUGUUUCUCUAGAGGGUCAACUUGGACAACAAAUACAAAACAAUCCUGAGCCUUGUAAUGAUGUUGUGCUAAGAACUCCGCAAGAUGAAAUACAAUUAUUAACAUUACUACACGUGGUAUUCCAUACAAUAAGUACAGCAAUGCGUUUUGAACCUGCAAAUGCGAAAUUUUUUCAUCACGAGAUAUGCCAAUCAAGUCUGUGUGAUACAUUGCGACUUCUUGGAUGUUUUUCAACACAAAUUAAACUGGCUGAAAUGAAUAUAAUACCUACAAUGAAUUAUCACAACAUGUUAUCGACUCUUUUCACUGGAAAUGUAUUAGAGCCAGUAUUUCCGGAUAACAUGUCAAGAACAUUAGCAUAUGCAUGUUUGCUAUUGAGACUUCUAUACGAUGUUGCACUUGAUGCUUUUGAUAAACCUAAUAUGGCAGGCAUUUCUAUGAGAUCACCGAGUCAUAAACAAGCUAGUUUAGAACAACAAAAAUCUUUUGACUCUCCUGGAAGUGGAAAAAGAUGUGCCAUAAAUUCUUUAAAUCUAAGUCCUCCUACUCCUGAGCCUAUUGUAGUUCACCCUGGCAUUGUAGUUGGAAUGCUUCAUUUGCUUCCAUCGAUAUACGAUCAUUCAAAUUCACAACUUGCAUUGGCUCUACAAUUAUACAUAGCAGAAAUUAUUAAAAGUUUAGUACGUUCCGAAAGAAAUCAACAAGUGAUGUGCGAAUCUGGUAUGGCUGGAGAAUUGCUAUCUAUGGGUAGAAUUGCUCUGCAAGAUGAAAUACAUCCUUUACAUCAGCCACUACAAUAUAUAAUAGAGAGACUUGCUGCUCAAUCUCUGGAACCUCGAGAUUUAAGAGAAUUUUUACGUUUAGGAGAUCCUUUAUGUUGUAUUUCUCUUGAUGAUAUUGAACCGAACAAACCAAGAGGAGGACCAGUGCCUCUAACACGUAUUAAAACUUUGGUAUCCAUGACGACUCCUAAAGAUUUCCGAGCUCAUGGUUCCUGUACUUUACCACCGUUUGUUGAAUUAGACAUGAGUUCAGAAGGAUUUGCCUGUUUGUAUUUACCAAGUAUUGCACCUCAGAGUACUACUCCACCUACAGUAGUAACCGCUGAUAACAGUGUGCUUGGAGGAAUUGGUUCUGGUGAUAGAUUAUUUCCACCACAAACUGGUUUAACUUUUAGUACAUGGAUAUGUAUUGAUAAAUUUAGUGAUCCUAGAACAGAUCCUCAUUGUGUAAGAUUAUUAACAUUAGUACGUACUCCUCAAUCUUCAAGAGAUUUAAUUUGUUUGAUUGCUGUUCUCAGUGCUAGAGAUAAGGCUAUAAUUGUUUCUACACAAGAAACAGCUAUGCCUCAGAAUGUUGGAGAAUGGGAACCCGAAGGUACAGGGGAGUGUGGAGCUAGAGUUUGGUGUCCUGAUUUAUUACAUGAAGGACAAUGGCAUCAUAUAGCAAUUGUAUUAAAUCGUGCUGUUUUAAAAAAUUCAAGUUUUUCGUUAUAUUUAGACGGGCAGCACAUUCAUAGUCAAAAGCUUCAUUACAUUACUCAAGUUCCGGGUGGUGGAGCAGCUAAUUUAACAGUUGCUUCACCAGUUUAUGGAUACAUUGGUACACCACCUUGUUGGAGACGAUAUUCCAGGCUUACUUGGAAACAAGGGCCGUGUCAUUUAGUCGAAGAAGUAUUCAAUUCUCAAAACAUUGCAGCUUUGUUCAGAUUAGGUCCACAUUAUAUGGGAAGUUUACAAGCUCCACAGUUAUCAGGUCCAGAACCUUUGUCAGCUCUCGUAGUUGAAGAAAAACUGGUCUUUGGAUUAAAUGCAAAAGCAAUGUCUCAGCUGACAUUGGCUAAAAUUAGGAAAGUCUACAGCAAAGCUGAUAAUAAGUCCAUUGCCAAACAGCUUGGUAUGUCAUCUCAUGAAAAUGCCACGCCGAUUAGAGUACUUCACAAUUCUGCAGGUCAUCUUAGUGGACCAGCACGAGCCUUAGGCGGUGUAGUCGUUGGUUACUUAGGAGUGCGAGUUUUUAAUCCUCGUCCUGUAGCAACUACGAUUGAUAAUGUCGGAGGAUGUUCAGUUUUAUUAGGUCUAAUUGCUAUGGCACAAGAUGUAGAAUCUCUCUACGCAGCAGUUAAAGCAUUAGUGUGUGUUGUCAGAUCAAAUCAGGCUGCGCAACAAGAAAUGGAUCGUCGUAGAGGAUAUCAAACAUUAGCCAUGUUAUUAAGAAGAAAAUGUCCUCUUUUGAAUAGUCAUAUAUUACAUCUGACAUUUAGUCUUGUUGGUACAGUUGACAGCGGUAGAGAAACCAGUGCAAUUCCUAAUGUUACAGCAUUUCAAGAUCUUUUAUGUGAUCUACAGGUUUGGCAUGAAGCACCUGGAGAAUUAUUAAGAUCUCUUUUAGAACACUUAUAUGAGUUAAUAGCAGAAUCUAGCGAGAAACGUACAAAUUUACGAUUAAUGAGAGAUUUGCAAUUGGUACAUAAAUUGUUACAUAUUCUUAGUGAUGUUAAACAAAACACCACACGACAGGUUUUACUGGCUUUACUUAGUAUAUUGUUAAGUCAGCCAAGACAGGCUGAUUUACUCUGGUUUGGUCAAUACAUUGUAGCUACUUUACCAUUAAGUCCCGAAAAGCAUUUAAUUCUUCGAGAAAGUGAAGGAAAUAAAGAGGGAGAGGGUGAAUGUAUACUUUUACGAAAUCGUUGCUUACAACUUUUACACUCUCUCUUAUUUACUGGUGCCAAAGUGAAUAUAAAUAUGUGUGAAGAGUUAGCCAAAGUGUUAGGCCUAGAUUGGAUAUUAUUAUUUCUUCAACCUAGUCUUCAUAGUACUACUGUUAUUUGGGGAUUGCGUAUACUUGUUGCUGUGUGUUCAAUACAGUCAAUACUACAAAAAUUCAAAGAAGGCACUAGUAAUGGUGGUUGGCUACGUCAUACUGAUCAUAAUAAAAUGGCACUAGCACUUGGAUGUCAUCAACAAAUGUCCGGUGGUGAUGUUAAGCCUUCAAGUCUUCAUGUACCAGGAUUUCAACAUCUUGGAUGGUUACUACCACAACAUAUUGAUCUAGUUCCCGAACUUUAUUUUCUUUUCAUUUCUCUCAUGAUGGGACAACCAAUUAAAUUAUUACCAAUGGACUCCACACUUGAUUUAAAUAAUGUAUGGAAUUUCAUGUUUGGUGUAUCUCCAAAUAAUGCUCCAUCUUCUUUAGCUAGCAGAAUAAAUCUUUGUCCAGAAGCUGUAGUAACAUUAUUAGUCAUGGUGCGAACUAUGCUGAACAACCAUUCAAAUAAUCCAGAAUCACUACCUGUUUGGUUAACCGAGUAUCCAGUGACAAUAAUACAGUUCCUAUUUUUUCUCUACCAUAAUUUUACCGACUUCAUGCAAGUAUUUAUGUCUGCUGAUGUUUUGGGAGCAUUAGCUAGUACCUUGUUUCCAAAACCUCCAAGUUCUAGUCAAGAUAGUAGUGGCGCGAGUACACCAGCGGAUGAGCAACAACCAGUAUUGGUAAGAUCUCCAUCAAGAGAUAUCGGUUUGACAAAUCAUCCUGCAAAAAAAGUUGUAAUGGACUUUUUAAGAGUCAUCAUCGUAGACUCUCUUUGUCUACCAGUGACAGCAAAAUCUCCACCAGCUAUAGAUCUUGUUCUAGAGGCAUGGCCAGAACAUGCAUCAGUGGGACAACAAACGUGUUACCAAACAGAAGUUUUAUCUAUUUUAAUGGAACAUCUUUUAGCUGCGGACGUAUUGAUCGGCGAACAAGCUGCACUUCCUAUUGUACCUGGUGGUUCUGUCAAUAAUAUUACUAGUAAUGUCUGUUAUGUUGUGGCUAGAAUAGUAGAUAAAUUAUGGCAAGAAGUAUUAAAGAGGGAUCCACACGAAGUAUUUGAUUUUAUUGUUAAACUAAUUGGACAAGCUAAAAGACGGUCUGGCUCAGUCAGUAUGGAAGGUCUUCAUCACUGCCUGAAUAGAACAAUUUUAUUUUUAUUAUCAAGGACAACAACCAAUUCUAUAACCGAUCAAAUGUCUAUAGUAGAAGCAUUACAUAAACUUACUACUCACAGAGUAUUGAUAUUUGGAGCUGGAAAUCAUGAGUUAGAAUUUAUUGGUUGUCUCACUUUCUGUUUAUUGCAAAUAAUAGCCGAUAUAAAAAUUGUGUUAGAUACUAAUAUGAGAACAACGUGGCACGUUAAUCCACAACUUGAAUCUAGUGAUGAUAGAUUAACGUCUCAUCAGGGUCGCAAUUUAAUGUCUGUAGUAGCGACCAGGGUUUGGGAAGAGCUAUAUGUAUGCAAGAAACCUGCUAUAGAAGAAGUUUUUAAAAUAACUCUUCCGCCACCUGUAGGUAAUGAACGUGCACCAGAAUUAUCAGUAGUUAGAGAACAUGUAUAUGAAGCUGCGUCAAGACUCUGGGCGAGCUACGUACUUCUCGAAAGAAAAGCUUCUUACAGAGUACCUUGGGAACUUCACAAUCAAAUACAAUCGAAAAUUCAAAAAGUGACAGGAGGUUUAACAAGAUUAGCAAGUCGAACGAAAGUUAGGAAAGAAGAAUCUGUGCGUGUUAAACUUAAAUUGCGUCAGAAUACGGUAGCCCAAUGGACAGAACAACACAUUGCAUUAGUUAGAGAACUUGCUGCAGCAAAAAAAUUACAACAUCAACAAACCAAUCAGCAUACACAACGCUACGUGUAUCAAGAAUGGUUACAAACGGAAACAGAAUUAACGAGAGAACGUGGUUUAUGGGGACCACCAACUCCUACUAAAUUAGACAAGUGGAUGUUAGAUAUGACUGAAGGGCCUUGUAGGAUGCGUAAAAAAAUGAUGAAAAACGAUCUUUUUUAUAUUCAUUAUCCAUAUCGGCCUGAACUAGAACAUCCAGAUAAUAAACAGUUAAAGUACAAAGUGGCAACAAGCACAGAUAGCAAGGAGUAUUAUUUAAAACAACUUGGUAAUUCAUCUGGUAUGUUUGAACGAGAGCGCGAUCCUGUAAUAGACGAUACCCCAUUAAAUGUUAACGAAACAUCUACGGAAAACGAACCACCGAUGGUACCAUGUACGUUAGAACGUCAUGCAAGUGAGCCAGAUGAAGUACAAGAAGAUAAUGAACAAGAAGAAGAGAAUAAUCAAACGGUUCCAGAUAAUCAAACAUUAUUAAGAUUAUUAGAAGAACAUGAAAAAAUCAGUCACAUGUUUAGGUGCGCAAGGAUUCAAGGUUUAGAUACAACAGAAGGACUUCUAUUAUUUGGAAAAGAGCACUUUUAUGUAAUAGAUGGCUUCACCCUUUUGAAGUCUAGAGAAAUUAGAGAUAUCGAAAGUUUACCGGAAGCUUAUGAACCGAUUUUACCCUCACCAGGCUCUCCUAGAAGAUCUAGAGCAAUGCGACAAUGUUCGAAAUUUAAUUAUGAAGAUAUAAGAGAAGUGCAUAAGAGAAGAUAUUUACUUCAACCAAUGGCAUUAGAAGUAUUUAGCGGCGACGGAAGGAAUUAUUUAUUGGCUUUUCCACGAAAAGUGAGAAAUAAAGUAUAUCAAAGAUUUAUGACUUUUGCGACUGCUAUCGCUGAUAGCGCACAACAGUCUGUAGCUGGCCAGAAAAGAACAGCAAACGUAGAACAGGCCACAGGUUUAUUAUCUAAUCUUAUAGGAGAAACAUCAGUUACCCAACGAUGGGUGCGAGGAGAAAUAUCAAAUUUCCAAUAUUUGAUGCAUCUUAAUACUUUAGCUGGUCGUAGUUACAACGAUCUUAUGCAAUAUCCAAUAUUUCCUUGGAUCUUAGCUGAUUAUGAUAGCGAAGAGUUAGAUUUAACAGACUCAUUAACAUUCAGAGAUUUUAGUAAACCUAUGGGUGCACAAAGUCCUGAACGAUUACUACAAUUUAAAAAAAGAUAUAAAGAAUGGGAUGACCCACAUGGCGAAACUCCACCUUAUCAUUACGGAACUCAUUAUUCUUCAGCUAUGAUAGUAUGUUCCUACUUGGUAAGAAUGGAACCUUUUACACAACACUUUUUACGACUACAGGGUGGCCACUUCGAUUUAGCAGACAGAAUGUUUAAUAGCGUAAAAGAAGCUUGGCUGUCUGCAUCUAAACAUAACAUGGCUGAUGUAAAAGAACUCAUACCAGAAUUCUUUUAUCUUCCAGAAUUUCUUGUCAAUUCAAACCAUUUUGAUCUAGGUUCUAAACAAAGUGGUGUACAACUUGGAGAUAUUGUGCUUCCACCAUGGGCUAAACAAGAUCCACGAGAAUUUAUACGUGUUCAUAGACUUGCAUUAGAAUGUGAUUACGUUUCGCAGCAUCUUCAUCAGUGGAUUGAUUUGAUAUUUGGAUGUAAACAAAAUGGACCUGCAGCUGUUGAAGCUGUCAAUGUUUUUCAUCAUCUUUUCUAUGAAGGCAAUGUCGAUAUUUACAAUAUUGAUGACCCUUUAAAGAAAAACGCCACUAUCGGUUUUAUAAAUAACUUUGGUCAAAUACCGAAACAGCUAUUUAAGAAGCCACAUCCUGCUAAAAAGAUGACACAAAGAAUUAGUGUCAUAGAUCCUGGACCUAUUACACCAGGCUUAAGUAUUACUACAUCUGAUAAAUUAUUUUUUCAUAAUCUUGAUAAUUUGAAACCAUCGCUUCAACCUAUUAAAGAGUUGAAAGGUCCUGUUGGGCAAAUACUUCACGUCGAUAAAGCUGUGUUAGCGGUCGAACAAAAUAAAACACUUAUUCCACCAUCUUACAAUAAAUACGUCGCAUGGGGUUUUGCUGACCACUCUUUGAGGAUAGGCAAUUAUGACAGCGAUAAGGCAAUAUUUGUAUGCGAAGCCAUGAUGCAAAGCAGUGGUGAAAUUGUAGCUUGCGUUUGUCCGUCAUCUAAAUUAAUAGUAACAGCAGGAACAAGUUCUGUUGUGAUUGUAUGGGAAUAUGCGAAACGUCAAUUGUCUAUAAAACAAUGUUUAUAUGGACAUACAGAUGCUGUAACUUGUUUAUCAUCUAGUACGGCAUACAACGUUAUUGUAUCAGGUUCAAGAGAUGGUACUGCAAUUAUUUGGGAUUUGUCCCGAUGUUUAUUCGUUCGCCAACUUCGAGGACACGCAGGUCCUGUAGCUGCGGUGGCUAUCAACGAGUUAACAGGCGAUAUAGCAACUUGUGCUGCUACAUGGCUACACGUUUGGAGUAUAAAUGGAGAAGAGUUAGCAAGUGUGAACACAUGUGUUGGAAGAGCUGAUAGAAUGCAACAGAUUUUGUGUGUUGCAUUCAGUCAGACGCACGAAUGGGAUUCACAAAAUGUAAUAAUGACUGGAUCUACGGAUGGAGUUGCACGUAUGUGGUCAAUGGAUUAUGUGCAAGUGCCUGCUGAAGAAGAACAAUCGGAAGAAUUUUAUGCAAAUAAAGAGGGACAAGAUGACACAAAUGUACAAGUAGACCAAAGCGAAAGUACAAAGAAACGAGUUCAUGAAUUUGUUAAACAAAUGAGUAUAUCUACCGAAGAAGCUGGAAUGUUAAUGAAAAGUGGAUCAGAAAGUAGCCUCUCUGAACCAGAAAAUACCAAAGAAGCUUCUAGAGCUCACGAGGAAAAAGAAGAAUGUUCGGACAAUGAAUCAAGUAAUGGUUCAAAUAACAAAUCUUUAUCACAUUGUAAUCAUGCUUCUGCAGUUAUAUUGAGACGAAAGAGUCGAGGAAAUCCAAUGUUUAGAAAAAGUGAAGGAGGAGGACGCGCUGAUAGUGAAGGAACACAAACAAGUAAAUUACACAACAACUCUGGAGAUACGGAAGGAGCUUUGAGAACUAGUAAAAGUGAUACUAGUUUAACAGAUAGUUUUGUAAUGGUUAAUGAAUCUGAUACAAAACCUAAAAAGAUCAAUCUACAAAAUGUUUUAAGAGAUGGUUUUAAAUGGCAAAGGCAAUUAGUCUUUCGAAGUAAAUUGACAAUGCAUACUGCCUACGAUCGUAAAGAUAAUGCUGAGCCAGCUUCUAUUACAGCACUAGCAGUAUCGAGAGAUCAUAAAACAGUGUAUGUUGGUGAUACACGAGGUAGAGUAUUUUCAUGGUGUGUUUGCGAACAGCCAGGUCGUACAGUUGCAGAUCAUUGGUUGAAAGAUGAAGGAGCCGAUACUUGUGUCGGAUGUUCUGUUAAAUUUAAUCUUUAUGAAAGGAAACAUCACUGUCGGAAUUGUGGUCUAGUUUUCUGCUCUAGAUGUAGCAGAUUUGAAUCUAAAAUUUCAAGACUUGGAAUUUUAAAACCUGUUAGAGUUUGUCAAAGUUGCUAUUCGUCAUUACAUUCUCAAUCUUCUGUCGAGAAUAAUACUUAAUAUAAUAAUACUAAUAAUAAUAACGAUUAAAAAUAAUAAUUAAUUAUAACAAUAUCUUCUGGAUCAGCUUAAUUAUUAGGAUGUUGAAUAAGUUCUCAGUAUUUUUUCGUGAACAUUAAUGCUUUAUUUUAAAAAAUUAGUAAAAGACAUGUCUUUUAAAAUAUUUUUAAUUGCUAGCCACUACUUUUUUCCAUCUUUCUGGUAGCAUUUGAAUUUCACAUUGGAAAAGCGACACGUUUUUUGAGGGUAUCCAAGAAUCAACACAUUUUUUGGCAUUUUCAUAAGAAUAGAAGUGUUGCUCAGCCAGGGCAUUAAUCAAAAAAAGUGAUAAUUAGAAAGGGCAAUGCCUGGUGAAUAUGAUAGAUGGGGUAUGACUUCCUAUUUAAACAUUUCCAAGUAGGUUUUCACCGGUUGUUUAACAUGGGGCCAAGCAUUGCCAUAUUGCAAAAUCACUUUAUCGUGUCUCUGCUCGUAUAACAGCAGUUAUUCUUUUAAUUCUGGACUCAAACGCAUUUAUUAUAGUCCAUAGUGAUUUCCCAUGAUGAUUUUGCUUGGUUUGAACAGCUUAUAAGAAAUUAUACACUCACCUGAGCUAGAGUACAGUUUGGAACCAUGGAUAUUCAGCUUUGAGUUAUCGUAGUGUAUCGAUUUUUUAUCGCUAUUCACAAGACAAUGCAAAAAACCUUUCUUUUUCUACUGUUGAACCAGCUGUUUAUACGUGAAAAGACGCCGUUAAACGUCUCUUGGCUUCAACUCGUACGGCACCCAAUGUUCUUGCUUGUGAAUCAUUCCUAAUUUUUUCUAACGUUUCGAAAUUGUUGUAUGAUCAAUUUUUAAUGAUUCUGCAAUUCAGCUUGCAUUUGACAUGAAUUUUUCAACGUCAUAAUUGUUAUUUCUGAAGCGUCUAAACCGACAGAGCAUGGUCACCGUAAGUCUCAACAAAAAUUCUGUAUGCCCCAGCUGCUGAUUUUUUUUUUGUAUCUUUAUAUUAUUUUAUAUUACUGCAUUACUUUUAAUACAGUGAAAUUUCCCGCAAAUACUCUUUUUUUUAGCAAGAAAUUCAACAUAUUAAAUACUAUGAAAAAAUAAGUUGUGUAUACUUUGGCGAAAUGGCUUAAACUAAAUUUCAAAUUUGCUAAUAAUACUUUUUUAUAGAUGCAUUACCAUCUUAAAUUAUACUCACGCAGUUCUCGUAACGUCAUUUGUUAGAAAACAACGGAAACUUAUUCAACAUCCUUAUAAAUGAUAUUGAAAAUUUUAUAACUUUGACUAAAAUAUAAACGAAAUAAUUUUUACCGACUUGUAUAUAGUAAGUACACAUGAAAAUGAAGACGCGUACAGAGUUUAUUGCCUAAAGUGUUAAAAUAUGUAUAAAAGUAGAUUAAAUGUGUAAAGAGCCCUUAUUAAAAGCACAUACUGCUAAAUGCGAAUAUUUUAAUUCACGUACGAUUUAAUUUAUAAUAUUUUCAUAAACUUUUUGUACAAGAUCAUAAUUUUCUAUCAUAAAUAACACGUAUUUCAUAUUUUUUAUUGAAGGAAUUUUUAUAGUCUCUUAAGACUAUCCUCGUAAUCUUUUCAUCAUUGAUAUAAUAUGUAUAUUAAAUGUUCUUCAUAUUUUAUAAUGAAAUAUAUUUAAACGAGUAUGAGUUUAAAAAAAAAUAUAUAUAUAUAUAUUUUCGAUACGUUCAUGAAUUACAAAAAUGAACUGAGAAAAUAAUCGCUAGCAUUGCUUGUGUAAUGUUUCCGUAUUGUAAAUCUUUCUAUCUUAUAUUUACAAUUUAAGUAUGUUAGUAUAAAAAAAUACUAAAAAACGCAUAAUAUUGAGACGUUGGAUAAGUUCUCGCUGUUUUCUAAUAUAUGAAGUUAUCAGAACUGUGUGUGUUUAAGAUGGUAAUGUAUCUAUAAAGAAGUACUAUAUAAGCAAGCUUGAAAUUCAGAUCCAUUUCAUUGGAAUCUGCUGUCCCGCUCCAGGAAGAAGAUAAGAUAUCCACCACAACUUGAAGAUACAUUCCACUAACUUAACUUGAACCACUCGUUGGAAAACUAAUUGUCACUAUUUGCAGCACCACUUUAAAACUGAUGCUGCAUUUUUUUAUUUACUUCUUCAGACUAUUACGUUGAAAAAAUCUGUUAUCAAAGAUUUGAAUGAAUUAUUUUUGACAUAUUUUAUUAUAUACCCAGCAUACCCUAGUAUACCCCAGUAUAUGUAAGGAUUAGUUGAAGCCGAGAGACAUCGAAUGACGUCUUUUCACGUGUGAACAGUUGCUUCAACGGUAGAAAAGGAAAGGUUUUUUGCAUCGUAACGUGACUGACAAUGAAAAGUGGAAAUACUACCAUAAUCUCAAGAGUAGAAAAUCGUGAGAUAAGCUCGGUCAUUCAUUAACAUCGUCAGCAAAACCGAAUAUUCAUGGUUUCAUGCUUCUGCUCUGCAUUUAAUGGAAUUAGCUGAGUGUAGUUUAUUAUGAGCUACCGAAAUCGAACGAAACCAUGAUGGGAGAUUGUUAUAGCAUACAAUAGAUGCGUUUGAAUCUAAAAUUGAAGAAAAUACGAGCAAAAAGACACGACAAAGUGAUUCUGUAACAUGACAAUGUUUGGCCAUAUGUUACACAACCGGUGAAAAUCUACUUGGAAACGUUUAAAUGAGAAAUUCUACCCCAUCCAUCGUAUUCACUAAACAUUACUCCUUCCGAUUAUUACUUGUUCCGAUCGAUGGCACAUGGCCUAGUUCAGCAACACUUCCAUUCUUACGAAGAUGCCAAAAAAUGGGUCCACUUUUAGCCACCCUCUAAAAAUGUGUCGUUUUUCCGACGUGGAACUCAAAUGCUGCCAGAAAGAUGAAAAAAAGUAACGACUAGCAAUGGACAAUAAUUUCAGGGGCAUGUUUUUUACUAAUUUUUUUUUUUAAAUAAAGUAUUAAUUUUUACGAAAAAAACAGCAAGAAUUUAUUCACCAUUCCAAUAUAUCAUAUGCUUUUAUAUGCUUGAAAAAUGAACGGCAGUAUUUAAAUGAAUAUAUAUAAAUAUAUAAAUAUAUAUUUAAUUUAUAUAUAUGAUAUUAAUUACGCAAUUAAUUUGUUAUAUUAAUAGCAAAAAAAAUGCUAUUUAUACAAAUGUUGUUUAUACAAGUAGCAGAAAAAUGUGUUAGUAAGCAAAGCAAGUUCUUAUUAAUCAUGCAACAAAAUAUUAUAAUAAUAUGUGUAUCACUUAUGACUUUUAUUUAAACGACAACAUAGAUUUUAAAUUUUACAAUAGACAAUAUCUUAUCUGCAUAAAGUGUUUUUAUUGAUAGACUAGUUAAGCAAAAUUGUAAAAUUUAAAAUUGGUAUUAGUAAAUCUAAGCAAUGGAAUAAAUGUGAAUGGAAACUUUUAGUUAAGGAUUGGAUCGGUAAAUUUUUAUUAGUAAAAGAAAAAAAAUUAACUACGUUUAUUGUGUUGUUUUAAUGUAUAUUGAAGAAUAUAAAAAAAAGAAAAAAUACUGCAUUUUAAGAGAUGGUCAAAGCAGAUAUUUAAAGUUUGAUAUAUAUAUAAAAAGAAAAUGAAAAAACAAGAGCAGCCAGAAAAGGAAUCUUUUACAAAUCUUUAAAUUAUACUUGGGAUGACUGUAAAAUUUGUCUUAUUAUUCAAAAUAAUGAAUACCAAUGUUUUUGUAUUCUAUUGAAAUACUACUUCCAUUUUUCUAAAGGCACAAAUUUUAUAGAUGAAAAUAUGAAAAAUGUAUGCUCACUAUAAUUCGUGUAAGCAGAGCGAAUGUAAUUUAAGGAAUUCAAUCUUUUGGUAUCAUAUAUUUUGUAGUACUAUCGUUACUAGUCAAAUAUUUCCAAAAUUAGGGAAAUGAAUUCUUUUUAUUUGUUUUUUUAUUUUUUUUUUAAAUACAAGUCAAACAAAAUGUAGCGUGGUAUAAAUGUGAUGGUUUAAAAGAGCAUUGCGUAUAUAUAUAUGAAUUAUUCAUAAAUGCAGACAGAACACGUGUAUAUGUUACCACAUAUUCUAUUCGAGUAGUGUCAAUGUCGUAACAGGACUAUUUUCAGAAAAAACAUUGUGGGUUUCUGUAAAUUUUAUUUUUUUACUUCUAUUUAUAUAUAUAUAGAGAAAGAGAAAGAAAGAGAGAGAGAGAGAGAGAGAGAGAGAGAGAACGAAAAAAAGAGAGAGAGAGAGAACGAAAAAAAGAGAAAUAAAGAAAGGAUUUCUAGAGGUGUAACUUUGAAUGUAAAAUCUACGAGUAAAAAGUCUACUUCCAAA